UCCGGGCAUCCACAUUCCGUUUCGAUUUCGCUGAUUUUACCCAGGAGCUGGCACCAGUGGUUUCCUGUGUUGCGGUAAAGUUGCUGCUGCUAGGAGAUGAUGAACUGAGAGCUUUGGCGAGCUGGACAACAACAACAUGGCAGUGACCUAUGAUGAUGUGCAUAUCAACUUCACUAAGGAAGAGUGGGAUUUACUGAAUCCUUCCCAGAAGAAUCUGUACAAAGAUGUGAUGCUCGAGACCUACAGGAACCUAACUACUAUAGGCUACAUUUGGGAAGAUCAUAACACUGAAGAACAUUACCAAUGUUCUAGAAGACAUGCAAGGACUGAAAGAAAUCAAACUGGAGAGAAGUUUUCAGUAUAUUCUCAUGGUGCUAAAGCCUUGUCUUAUAAAACUCACCUUCUAAGAAAUGAAAAAUUACAUACCAGAGAUAAAUGCUGUGAAAUUAAGCAAUGUGGUAAAGCCUUUGCUUAUAACUGUCAUCAUCAGAUGCUUAAAAGGACACACAUUGGAGAGAAACCCUAUGAAAAUAGUCAAGAUGGUAAAGACUUUGUUCUUUGUGAAAUACAACAAAGUCAUAAAAGAUCACAUAUUGGAGAGAAACCAUAUGCACACAAUAUGUGUGGUAAGGCCUUUGCAUUUCAUAGUAAUUUUCAAAGCCAUAAAAGAACACAUACUGGAGAGAAACCCUAUGAAUGUAAUCAGUGUGGUAAGUUCUUUGCUGCUCAGUGUAAUCUUCAAAGGCAUAAAAGAACACAUACUGGAGAGAAAUCCUAUGAAUGUAAUCAGUGUGGUAAGACCUUUGCCCAGCACAGUCAGCUUCAAAGUCAUAAAAGCACACAUACUGGAGAGAAGCCCUAUGAAUGCAAUCAGUGUGGUAAGGCCUUUGCUCAUCACAAUACACUUCAAAUGCAUAAAGGAACACAUACUGGAAAAAAACCCUACAAAUGCAAUCAGUGUGCUAAGACCUUUGCUAGACGCACUGUUCUUCAAAUACAUAAAAGAACACAUACUGGAGAGAAGCCCUAUGAUUGUAAUCAGUGUGGUAAAGCCUUUGCUGAUCGCAGUGUUCUUCAAAUGCAUGAAAGAACACAUACUGGAGAAAAACCUUAUAAAUGUAAUCAGUGUGGUAUGGCCUUUGCACGUCAUGGUCAUCUUCGAUUGCAUAUAAGGAUACAUACUGGAGAAAAACCUUAUGAAUGCAAUCAGUGUGGUAAGGCCUUUGCUAGAUACACUGUUCUUCAAACACAUAAAAGAACACAUACCGGGGAGAAACCCUAUGAAUGUAAUCAGUGUGGUAAAACCUUUGCUAAAAGUUGUGGGCUUCAAAAUCAUAAAAGACUGCACACUGGAGAAAAACCCUAUGAAUGUAAUCAGUGUGGUAAGGCCUUUGCAUUUCGGAGUAGUCUUCAAAGCCAUCAAAGAACACAUACUGGAGAAAAACCCUAUGAAUGUAAUCAGUGUGGUAAGGCCUUUGCAUUUCAUAGUAAUCUUCAAAGCCAUAAAAGAACACAUACUGGAGAGAAACCCUAUGAAUGUGAUCAGUGUGGUAAGGCCUUUGCUCAACGUGCUUAUCUUCAAAUGCAUAAAAGAACACAUUCUGGAGAGAAACCCUAUGAAUGUAAUCAGUGUGAUAAGGCUUUUUCAAGUCAUCGUGUUCUUCGAUUGCAUAAAAGAACACAUACUGGAGAGAAACCUUAUGAAUGUAAUCAGUGUGGUAAGGCCUUUGCAUUUCAGCAUACCUUAAAACUGCAUAAAAGAACACAUACUGGGGAGAAGCCCUAUGAGUGUAAUCAGUGUGGAAAGGCCUUUACACAGUACAGUCUUCAUCAAUUGCAUCAAAGAACACAUACUGGAGUGAAGCCCUAUGAGUGUAAUCAGUGUGGUAAAGCUUUUGCACGUUAUAGUACUCUUCAAAUGCAUAAAAGAACACAUACUGGAGAGAAGCCCUAUAAAUGUAAUCAGUGUGGUAAGGCCUUUGCUAGACACAGUAUUCUUCAAGAGCAUAAAAGAACACAUACUGGAGAGAAGCCCUAUAAAUGUAAUCAGUGUGGUAAGGCCUUUGCUAGACACAGUAUUCUUCAAACGCAUAAGAGAACGCAUACUGGAGAGAAACCCUAUGAAUGUAAUCAGUGUGGGAAGGCCUUUGCACAACACAGUGGUCUUAAAACUCAUAAAAGACACAUACUGGAGAGAAACCCUAUGAAUGUAAUCAGUGUGGUAAGGCUUUUACACAACACAGUGGUCUUAAAACUCAUAAAAGAACACAUACUGGAGAGAAACCUUAUGAAUGUGAUCAGUGUGGUAAGUCCUUUGCAUAUAAAAAUUAUCUUCACGUUCAUAAAAGAAUGCAUGCUAGAAAACAACCCUAUGAAUGAAAUCAUUGUGGUAAGACCUUUGCAGAGCCCUGUACUCUUCAAGGGCAUAAAAGAACACAUGCUGGAGAGAUAUCUGGGAAUGGAAUAUGUGGUAAAUCACAUUUCACAAUCAUUUCCAAAUAUGUAAACUAGGCCAUCCUGUAGAGAAACUCUGAAUUUAAUGUGUCUAUUCUUUAAAAAAUGAGAAAAAUUAUACUGUAGGUAAACUAUAUAAAUGAAUUCAGUGUCAUAAUGUUUUGUGCUUUAUAUAAUAGUAAGAUUCUUUGUGUGUAAUCAAUCUGAUAAAGCUUGUGCAUAUUGCCAUAAUCUUUUUGACCUGAGGUAGAAACUGAGGGCUUAUUGUAAAUUUUUUUAAGAUGUUGAGCCAAUUGUAGUCAAUUAACCAACUGAAGUUAUUGUGUAGAAAAAUAAUUGAUAAUGUCAACAAUCUGUUCCAGCACCAUACCUCUGUUUAUUUUAGUUUGAACCAGCAAACUAAUGGACAAAAUCUUUUAUGAAGUAUCAUGGUUUGGAGAAAGGGUAUUCAAAAAAACACACAUUGGUCCUGAGACCAGCGCCAAAGGAAAGCAUUUUGUCUCUGAAUCUAGAACUAGGUAAAGAAACAACAUCUCCCUGAAAACAGCCUAAACAUUAAAAAGGGCCAGCGAAAGAAACACACUUUGGCUCUCAAACCAGAACCAUAAAAACAAACUCUGCUUGUCCAACUUGGCACCAAAUCAGGCAAUCCCUCAACAUAAAAUCAAGCCUAUCUCUGAGCUUUUUCUAGAUGAGGGAUUGAAAUCCAGCAAAUUCCCACCUUCACAAUCUCCUUUGGUGCCCUCUGGUACUAAGAAGCCCUAUAUGAGCCCUAUGCUCAUUCAGUAUGCAACUGCCCCUUUCCACACUGGCUAAGGUGUUCAUACUUAUGUAUUCUUCCCUGUCAAAUAAAUCUUCUGAUUGGAGAAUUAUGUGACUACUUCUUUCACUGGAAUGGUUUAGAAAUUCCUGGAAUUGAGCCAAGAUCCAUUUGAUACCUCUGUUUGAAAAACUGCUUUGCCCAUAGGAGCACAGAAGCAAUAAACAUCUUAUGGAAUAUUCCCAAAGAUUUCUACAGCUAAACUUUAUUAGAACAAUUGAUUUCUUUCUUCAAGUCUAACUUUGCUUUUCCUUUACAAACCAGUCCAUAGGAUGAAUAGGCAGUAAGACGCCUCUCCACUCCUUUUUUACAGGAAUGAAUGUUUACAGGAGAAAAAUGUUCAUGAAGGAAAAUAUGAUUGUCUUAAAAGUUGUUUUAUCUGUAAUUGUGUCAUGUAUGUGUUUGUCUCUGUGUGUAUUUGAAUGUGCAUUCUGUAUCCCCAGAAAGUAAAUACCUUGGAUCUUCUUGCAGAAGAACUUACAGGAAGUUGUCAGACAUCUGACCUUAAUCCUGUGAAUGAACAUUUUCAACUCAUCUAGCUAUGACUCUAGUGCCUUAAAAUAUUUUAAGUCUAUUUAUAUCAGUUUGAAGUCUGGAAAUAAGAACAAACUCAUAAAAAAAAGUUUCUAUUAAUGAAAACAAUUGGUUAAUGUCUAGACAUCACAGUUUUCUUUAGCUUUAAGUGAAAUUACUUUACACUCUUGAAGGAAGUAAAUUACAUACCAUGUUCACUCAAGACUGGUGGAAAUCAUUGCAUUUUGUUUUCAAUUUUGAAAUAUUUGAGGCAGGUACAAAAGUGUGCUUUAUGUGGCAAAUCCAUUUAGUGAAUUUUAUUUUGUAGUCCUUAUAUCUCUCCUUAAGAAAAUGUGGUUGGUUGUUGUUUCUGGUUUUAAUUUUUAUCUUUUCAAAAAUUCACUGGAAGCAGCUUGAGCUGUGGCUCGACGGCUAGGAGCACCUAACACUCUGCUCUAGUGCCAGAGGACACGAGUUCGAGUCCCUUUGACGCUGCUAGCAAUCGAUCGAUCAGCAAUCAAUACUGAAUCGCUAUCAAUCGAUAAUCGGAAAAAAAUUCACUGUAGAAUUUAUUGCUUGUUAUUAAUCCUAGCUGGGAAUAUCAGUAAAGAUUCGGGGAUAAGUUUGAACUCAUGAUGCUCAUGUGUCUGCCUCCUGAAUACAAGUCCAAGGGUAGAUGAUGAACUCUAAAUGUGUAUGGUUUUUUCAACAGCAUUUAACAAUAUUUAUGUCAACGUGACUGAUAAAGGAAAUUUAAGAAACAUUAAAUACCUUGUGUGUAUUCAAUGAAGUAUUUUCAUUUAUCUUUUGUAGAUGUAAUAAAGUAGUAUAAUCAGCAAUCA